AUGCCACUAAAUUGCAUUUUGGAGGUUGAAUUGUUUGAUGUUUGGGGCAUUGACUUUAUGGGGCCAUUCCCUCCAUCUUUCGGGAAUCUUUACAUAUUGGUGGUCGUAGAUUAUGUUUCCAACUGGGUGGAAGCAAUAGCUAGUCCAACUAAUGAUGCCAAGGUGGUGAUGAAAUUUUUGCAUAGGAAUGUUUUCACAAGAUUUGGGACACCAAGAGCGUUGAUUAGUGAUGAAGGGACACACUUUGUGAACAAAGUCUUGGCUGCCUUUUUAGCCAAGUAUAGUGUGAAGCACAAAAUAGCCACCGCUUAUCACCCACAGACCAACGGGCAAGCUGAAAUUUCCAAUAGAGAAAUCAAAGGAAUUCUUGAAAAAGCGAUGAAGAAGGUUGUGGAAGUGAAGGAAUUUUCAAUUGGGCAAAAGAAUUAA